CCUGCGCGUCGCCAUCUUUGUCAUUCACCCAGAAGCCCAUCCCCCUGGUGGUGCAUCUUCACCGGGAAACCGUCCGACUUUCAUUUCAAUUCAGUUCAGGGGGAAGCGCCGAAGCGCCUGCUACACGCAGCGAAAGAUGGCCUCACCAAGGACAAUUACUAUUGUGGCCCUUUCUUUUGCUUUGGGUUUAUUUUUCGUGUUUAUGGGGACCAUUAAACUCACUCCGAGACUAAGCAAAGAUGCAUACAGUGAAAUGAAAAGGGCAUACAAAAGCUAUGCCAAGGCAUUGCCAGGCCUGAAAAAGAUUGGUAUCAGCUCAGUCCUGCUUCGUAAGAUCAUUGGCUCUCUGGAGGUGGGCUGCGGUGUGGUGCUCACCCUUGUACCCGGCAGGCCGAAGGAUGUGGCCAACUUCUUGCUGCUGCUCGUCAUGCUAGCUGUACUGUUCUUCCACCAGCUAGUAGGAGACCCCCUGAAACGGUACGCCCACGCUCUAGUCUUUGGUAUUCUGCUCACCUGCCGACUGCUUAUUGCCCGCCAGAGUGACGACCGGCCGGAGAGAGAGGACAGCCGAGAGGAACAGCACAUCAAUGACCAGGAAAAGAACAAGGUCAAGCAGUCUUAAGAGCCUCUUCUACUUAGGUCCAAGCCACAACGAAGGGAACCUGGUGCGCCCCUAUGGAUUGUAGUAAUUCAUAUUUUGAAGGAAUCAGUCACUUCCAGUAAUAUCCUCACAUCCAUCUCCUGUUCCAUCCAGCUGGCUGACUGAUUACUCCUUUGCACUCUUACUGUGAAACUGAAAACUUCUGAUCCAUACACACUCUACAUAACCGUGGACAAUCAUACCUGUGGAAACUCUCAUAAGCUCAGCUCAUUGUCUAAAUAGUGAAUAAAUUUUUCCUAUUUAUUUUAGUCCUACACUGUGUUAAAUGUUUGUGUUUUUAAUCUAGUGAAUUCAUUUAUGUUAAAAGUUGAUUUGAGAAUGCUGUUUUUCAAGAAAGAAUCUUUGUAGCUUGUUUUUUCUAAUUUGUUUUUAUACUGUAGGAGAAACUGAUAAUUUAGGAGUUUCAAUCGUUUAAGCAUGUUUCAUUUGGUCAAGAGUAUAGAACAUGAACUAAAAUGAGCACUUUUGAAACAAUUUUGUACUAAUUAUACAUCAACUAGUAUUACAUAGCCACAACCUAUUUUGGUGCAGUGUUGCCAGAACGCAAAUCUCAGAAAGAAAAAAUAUAUAAAUCCUUGUGCAUUUUUCAUUUCAGUACAUUUUUGUAGAAGAACGCAUGAAAUCCUUUCUCCCAAAGUUAAAUUAGCUGGAUAUCCCCUUUCUCCUUUCAGUUCAGGUAUCACAAUUAAGUUGUUUAGCUGGGAAUUACAGCGGUUGCUGCCUCAGGUGUCUGCUGCUAGAUUGUACAGCAGAACAUAACCAAAUUAAAAAAGUAUUUUUGCCUGUUAAAAUCGGAAUUUACCUUUGUAAUUCACAGUUGAAGUCAUAAACUUAUUCACGGUCUCUUAAAGAUUUUGCGGAUUGGUUUGGUUUUUUUCUCUGAAGAUAUAAAACGCAUUCCUGUUAAAGUUCUGGUUAGGGGAUACAAUCUCAAUUCAAACUCCUGUCAGUAUUGGGGAUUCACAACAUUUAUGUAAAUGAUAUACUUAAAAUAAAGAAUUGGAGGUGAGACUGCCUAAA